AUGGCGGGCGCAAUCCUCCUUGGCCGCACGAAUAUGCCCCCCAUGGCUGACGGCGGGAGUCAACGGGGGUACUUCGGGCGCACCGAGAGUCCCUAUAACCAGGAAUAUAUGUGCACAUCAUACGCUUCGGGGUUCUCCUUGGGUUCAGGUGUCGCUACAGCGGCAGGCUUUGCGCCCACUGGGCUCGGUAGCGAGACCUAUAUCGGCAAAGGAACUACAUCAGCUGGGGAUGCUCCUGCAUUCGCCGACUCUAUCCGGGCUCUGUGGCUCCAGGCUAAAAAAGACCUGGAAACACUCGGCGCGAGCACCGUUGAAACGAAUUUCCCCCUGGUGGAGAAUUAUACCAAGCAGCACUUUCCCGGUCAGGCUGCCCAUGUUCCCGGCAUGCCGGAGGGCUGGAUUGAUAUCGAACGAUGCCAGAUGAUCGCUCUUGGUUGGGAUAACUUCCUCCGCACAAACGAUGCACCGAACUGCAAGACAUUAGCUACUGUCGACCACAAAAAGAUUCGGUCCUUCUACGCGCCCUUAGACGACCUUCGCAAACACACCGAGGCUCAAAACCAUGUCCGAUACGCCGACAUGAUUGCAUACAUCCGCCAUCGCCCAGAAUCGAUUCAUGACCUUCCGGGGUGUGCUGAGGCCCGCCGGUCCCUUGAAGCUGCACGUAAGCGAGAUCUCGAUUCUUGGCUCGAUGAGCACGGCUGUGAUGCAAUUGUUUUCCCAACCAAUGAAGACGUCCCCCGCGCCGAUGCCGAGGAGGUGCUCUCGUCCAUGCAGCACGCGCUGCGUGACGGCGUCAAGUAUUCCAAUGGCACGCGAGCACUGAAGCACAUGUGUGUUCCGGCCAUAACCGUACCCAUGGGCAUCAUGGCAGACAAGCAAAUGCCCGUCGGGCUGACCUUUGCUGGCAGGGCUUACACCGACGUUGACCUUCUGAGAUAUGCAUAUGCGUUCGAAACGGCAACGCGACAUUGA